CAUACCUACCACAGCUAUGUACAUAUAAUCAACUUCACCUCACGUCACUCUAUUAAUUGCCGAAUGUAGCUGUGCGCUUUUCUAAAUGUCAACAAUACCCACGACGUAUCCUGCCCAACUUAUUUUAGGUACUGACCAUAAUCAAACUCUACUUCUCUCGUCGCUAUGAAAUAUCUCAUUCUAUCUGUACCUACCCAUCUUUAACUUCCCUUAACCCUAAUUCUAUCUGCCCUCCUCUCGCCUGCCGACGACACUGACCACACCGACCAACUCCCACUUUAUUUCUAAGCCCGCUUAAACCUCCCUUGAAUCCCCUGCGCAUUUGUUAACCGCAUAUAUUUCGGUCAUCAAAAACUGCGGUGCACUCGUCGUCAUGGUUUCAUCAAGGAAGCGCGCCUUGCGCGAUACCGAACCGGAAGCUGAGGCGCGAGGGCCUCCCAAGGAGUCUCCCAAGGAGCCAUCUUUACUUCAUCGCAUCAGAAAUACUUGGCAAUUUGCCAACCUGUUCCAAUGGAUAUACUUGUUUGGCAAAGUCGUGAAGAUAGACGAUAAUCUAGAGAUAGAUGAUCUGGAAGCCGAGUUCCUAAAACCCCGUUCGACUGUUCUAAUUAACAUUGGCCUCGCCUUGCUCAAGUUUGUAUCGUCGCAUCGCGGCUUAACACCGGACCUCUUCGACGAAUAUACGCGGCGGCAAUACGUUGCUAAGGCCCCCGAUCGAAAUCCGUUUGGUACCGCGGACACGCCCGCCAAGUUCGACGACUUCGACGCUUUCACAAAGAUCAAAAUAUUGCAGCAGCUUACUCAAUGGGUGAUGUUGCAUCCCGAAAGAAUUCGAGAAAAGAUGGAUGAGCAGAAGCCAAGCGAUCAAACAGAAUGGAGAAUCGAACCCUCUGGAUGGGAUAGUGACGAUCGCAUUUACUAUAUCCUAGACGAUAACCGAAUAUACCGCAUGACAGAAGCCCCGCCGACCCCUGCGCCCUGGAAACCCAAGAAAAAUACCAAAAAGGCCAAAGCAGCAGCAAGAGCUGCCAAACGCCGACGCGUAUCAAGAUCCGCAGCGCAAAACGGUGGCGAUGAUGAUGACGGCUCUGCUUCCGACGUGGAUCAACCUGCUGAACCGGAGGAUGACGGUCUGGGGGGUGCGAAGUGGGAGUGCAUUGCAGCGAGCCUCACAGAAGUACAAGAAUUCCUUAAUACCAUUCGAAAGACCCGUGACGACAAUGAAAAGGUCCUAAAGAGUACUAUCGAAAACCACCUUUUACCUAUUCUAGAGAAGCAAGAGGAAUCUCGAAAGCGCAAAGCCUUACAGAGGGAGAAGGAGCUUCUCAAUCUCGAAAAGAUGGCACAUGCCAAGCGUUCGAGCCGCCUUGCUAAUAAGGCCGAACAACAACGUUUGGAGCAGCAGAUUAAAGAAGAGGAACAGAAACGCCGAGCGGAAGAGGUGACGGCUCGAAAAGAGCAACAAAAACGUAUAAAAAUGGAGAAAGAACGCGACAACCGCAUGAUGUCUCGGGAGCAACGACUUCGAGAACGGGAGGUCCGCCGGCGACAGCACGAAGAAGAAUUAGCCCAGCUGUCUGAGGAUAGUAGAAACCUCAGCGCUGGGACCGGUCGUUUAUCGGAGAGGCGGUUGAAAGCGGAAAUCGAGAAGAACAGGCAAGCCCUGCAAGAGCUUGAGGAGGAAGAAGAUGACUGGAUUUUUGACUGUGUCUGUGGCGUCUACGGCCAGGUUGAUGAUGGAACACACAGUAUUGCAUGCGAGAGAUGCAACGUCUGGCUGCAUAGCAAAUGCGUUGGCAUUAGCGAAGAAGAAGCCGAUCGCGAUGAUUUUCAUUUUAUCUGCAAGAGUUGCCGCCGAAAGAGUUCAACGCCAAAGUCCGCUACGGUCAUCAAAUUAAAGGUUAAUCGACAGGAUGCUUCAUCUUCACCUCCUAUCACAAAGUCGGACGGCUCGCCUACUCCAGACCGUGCUCGACUCACCCAAGGCUCUGGCAUUGCGGUCGAGAUACCGGCGAGACUUACUAGUACGCAGCUCACUACUCAGCCGUUGAUCCCCGUAAAGCAGGCAGGUCAACCUAACGCCCCUCCUCCAUCUUCACCCUUCACUAAUGGUGAUGGGCUUCAUCCAUUCUCUUCGCCGCACCCAAAUUUAUCACCUCCAGAGCAGUCGCCCAACAAAGCAAGGGCCUACUCAACCAUGUUCAAUGCGUCGCCAACCUCUGGAAGUCGUUCCGGAGAUGUCCGGGCGCCGCAAAAGGGUGUAUUCCGCGUGUCACCAAAAGCUAACGGCGUACCUCAAUCCGCACAGUCGAGUAACCUCCCGCCUAAUGCGGACACCUCUAUACCUCCCGUGGCCGCCAGAGCUGAUUCGCCUUUGAAGCAGCCUUUUGAUGCCGCAAGCAGUAGUCUUCCAGUUCUUUCGCCACCAUCUGUAUCAUUUCCCGCUUUAGCACGCCCUUCGAGCAGUGACACCAAUGCUCAACAGGCAAUACUGUCUACUCCACAGCUUAAGAAGUUUGACCAAGCAGGAGCACGGCUUGACGCAACGCCUAGUCUGCCGCCGAUCCAAAAUGGGAUCUCGCCGCUAAAACGCUCGCCGCCUCCACACCAGCAAUCGGGCAACGGCCUAUUUUCGACACCAGCAUCUUCGAUUCUUCCCCCAGUGACGGCUCUGUCCCCUUCACCUUCACAGCAAAUACUGACGCCUCCUGUCAAACCUUCCGACCCUAUACGGCCGGCAUCACAGACGCCAGGUGGUAUCACUAGGGAUGAAUAGUCAGAAACGUCUUGGGAUGAUGGCUUAGUUGGCCCGCCAACUAGGCUGUUACAGGCCACCAAGAGUAGACCCAUCUGUCAUGUAGUCUAGAGACUGGUCAUAUUUUCAGCACAGUCUUUUCGGCACCGCGAGUUCGACCGCGUCCUAGUUGAGAUAGGAUACAGGUUUCAUAUGCGCCCAAUUCUAGCAUUGAUAUUAGGCAGCUUUCUUUAGCAUACGGAUGCAAAGGUGGAUAAGCUUAGGCGUUCUAGUAACGUCGAUCUCUUCCCCGUGGAAUGGGAAAGGGAUGCGUCUGCAAACUCGUUAGAAGCAUGCAGGAGUAGGGGUUUCUGAUUGGUUUAGACGGAUAAUGCAUUUUAAGGCGCAGAAGACAGGUAAACCAAGCCUGAAAUGUAAACUAGAAGGGAAACGUUAUAAUACGUUGUUUUUGCAUGCAUUAACGCAUAAGUAGUGCUGAGCCUGGUAGUUUUCUAAGGUUAUAGCGCAACAUUCAGGAGAAUACAAGAUAUUAUGAGGGACCCA